AAUAGCUUGGUUCACUCGUCUUUCCAACCCGCCUCCAGCAACCUACCAUGCUCCGACCUACCUCGCGGCUCUUGUCCAUCGCCGCCUCGCCCUCGCGCCGCCAGGUUGUGUUCUCGGGCAUUCAACCGACCGGAGUCCCGCAUCUAGGGAACUAUCUCGGUGCCCUCCGCCAAUGGGUCAAACUACAGGAUGAGGCCGCGCCAGAGUCGACACUGCUCUACUCCGUUGUGGACCUCCAUGCUAUCACAGUCGCCCAAGAUCCAGCCCGUUUACGACAGUGGCGCAAGGAGAUGUUUGCGUCCCUGAUUGCUGUAGGACUGGAUCCGAAGCGCUCCAUAAUCUUCUGUCAAUCUGCCGUGCCGGCGCAUUCAGAAUUGAUGUGGAUCCUUAGCUGCACUGCAUCCAUAGGCUACCUCUCGAGAAUGACACAGUGGAAGAGUAAAUUGGCCCUCCCAGACAACGUCUCUCCUCUUGAUGAGUCCUCCAAAGCCAAACUCAGACUUGGUCUUUUCUCAUAUCCGGUCCUUCAAGCGGCCGACGUUCUGGUACACCGUGCUACGCAUGUGCCUGUCGGCGAGGACCAGAGCCAGCAUCUCGAAUUUGCUCGUAACUGUGCCAAUGCCUUCAACCAUACAUCCGGCAAGAUUCUUGUGCCACCAGAAACAAUACUAUCACCUGCAAAGAGAGUCAUGUCUCUUACACAGCCCCAACUAAAGAUGUCGAAAUCCCAUAAAAAUCCGAAGUCAAGAAUACUCAUAUCAGACUCUCGAGAUGAGAUCACAAAGAAAAUCAAGUCCGCGUUGACUGACUCGAUCAGCAGCAUAACAUAUGACCCCCAGCAACGACCAGGCGUGUCUAAUUUAAUUGAGAUUCUGUAUCACCUGGACGCUGCCGAAGUUCGGUCUUGUCACGAGCUCGCCCAUGACUAUAAAGACUUGUCGAUGCGUGCCUUCAAAGAGAAGGUUGCUGACUCCAUUGACGAACGUCUCAGUAGUAUUAGAGACAAGUACGAAAGUGUGAUGCAUGAUGCUAAUACGCAUUGGCUGUCGGAUAUGAACGAGGAAGGCUCACGUAGAGCUCGUGCUAGCGCCGAUGCUACAAUGGCCCUUGUUCGGGAGGCGGUAGGCUUGUAGAUGUAAGAGUUAGUAGAAGCUGGCUAUCCGUUACAUUCGUUCACCGGCCUAGCAUGUAGAAGGAACUGUAACAUUUAUUGUAUUUCUACUUAGGCGCAAUUGCUCCGGUGCCUGAAGAGGAACGGGGAG